GGUGGGUGCCAAACCAGCGCUCAGAGCCUCAGAGAGGGAGAGGCAGGAGCCCAGCUCCUGAGACCUUGCCCCUGCACGUGGUCACCAGCGAUCUACCUCAAAAUGCUGCACCAGCUGCUUGGGCUUGACCUUGAUGACAAUGUCAUACAGCAUAAGCUUUCGCCUCAGCACCUCCUCGUAGGUCAGCCGGAACGUGGCCUUGCUCCGGGGACUGAUGGUGACCUGGAUGGCAAACUGCUCCAUCGUUCUCCCUGAGGCCCUGGAUGUGCCACCAGUGGCAACAACAAACAGACAAAUGAUUUGGUGGCAGCGGUGGGAUCCAGAGGAAACUUCUGAGGGCUUUGAGGACAAGAAACACAAGCACUGGUACCCUCAAAUCCUUUGAGUUCUCUUUCUCGCCACUUCCAAAGGCCAUGGUAUGUCAUCAAAAAGCUGAACCUCCGAAAUGCCUCCAGCCGAGAGCGGCAAGCUGCUGAACAGGAAGCUCAGCUCUUGUCUCAGUUGAAGCAUCCCAAUAUUGUCACCUACAAGGAGUCGUGGGAGGGAGGGGAUGGUCUGCUGUACAUCGUCAUGGGCUUCUGCGAAGGAGGUGAUCUGUACCGAAAGCUCAAAGAGCAGAAGGGGAGGCUUCUGUCCGAGAGUCAGGUGGUGGAAUGGUUUGUUCAGAUCGCUAUGGCUCUGCAGUAUUUACAUGAAAAACACAUCCUUCACCGAGAUCUAAAAACUCAAAAUGUCUUCCUAACAAGAAAAAACAUCAUCAAAGUGGGUGACCUAGGAAUUGCCCGAGUGCUUGAGAACCACUGUGACAUGGCUAGCACCCUCAUUGGCACACCCUACUACAUGAGCCCUGAAUUGUUCUCAAACAAACCCUACAACUAUAAGUCUGAUGUUUGGGCUCUGGGAUGCUGUGUUUAUGAAAUGGCCACCCUGAAGCAUGCUUUCAAUGCAAAAGACAUGAAUUCUUUAGUUUAUCGGAUUAUUGAAGGAAAGCUGCCACCAAUGCCGAAAGAUUACAGCCCAGAGCUGGCAGAAAUAAUAAGAACCAUGCUGAGCAAAAGGCCUGAAGAAAGACCUUCUGUGAGGAGCAUCCUAAGGCAGCCUUACAUAAAGCGCCAAAUAUCCUUGUUUUUGGAGGCCACGAAGGCAAAAAACUCCAAAAAUAAUAUUAAAAAUGAUGACUCUAAAUCCAAGCCUGUGGCUACAGUGGUUUCUGGAAAGGCUGAAUUAAGUCAUGAAGCCGUUCCCCCUCAACCACACUCUUCUGAGGGCUCCAAGACAUAUGUAAUGGGUGAAGACAAAUAUUUGUCCCAGGAGAAACCCAUAGUCAUUGGCGCCUUGAAGACACCCCCACGUCUGAAAGGCCACACCUACAAACCAGACAUAAGCAAUACCGCAGAAUCGCUAGCUACGAUCAGUAGGGUGAAUAUUGACAUCUUACCUGCAGAAAGGAGGAACUCAGUGAACAACAGCUUAGUUCAAGAGAAUCAACAAAGACACUUAGAUGCCUCUAAUGAGCUAGAAGGUAAAUGUAUUAUUUCUCAAGUGAAAGAGAGGCUGCAGGAUAACACUAAAUCCAGUGCUCAACCUGGAAACCGAAUUUCCACAUGGUCCAUUGACUAUGUCACUGGAGAAAGGAAUGACCCAGUGAAGCCUCUGCAGCUCCUAAACAAAGACCAAAAUUUAUCAAAGGACCAGGAUCAAGUUGCUGGUGAAUGUGUUAUAGAAAAACAGGACAGAAUCCACCCAGCUUUACAGCCACACAGCUCUGGGUCUGAACCUUUCCUGUCUCAACAGCGGCGGCAGAAGAAAAGAGAACAUACUGAGCAUAGUGAGGAAAAGAGACAGUUCCAAGAGACUCCUCCUCGUCUUUUGCCUUCUCUUUCUACUGUUGGAAAAGUGGAUGUCACAUCAACACAAAAAGAUGCUGAAAACCAAAGUAGAGUGGUCACUGGGUCUGUGAGCAGUUCGAGGAACAGUGAGAUAUCAUCAUCAAAGGACCGCCCAUUAUCAGCAAGAGAGAGGAGGCGACUAAAGCAGUCACAGGAAGAGAUCUUCCCCUCAGGCCCUUCACUGAGGAGAGUUUCUCUGAGUCCAGCGGGGCCAGGGAAACCACAAGAGGAAGGCCACCCUACCCCUGCUCAAUGGUUGUCUUCUGACUACAGCGUUGCUCAGGAAAAGAAACUCACCCAUUGUCUCUCUGAGGAUGAGUUAAGUUCUUCUGCAAGUUCAACUGAUAAAUCAAAUGGGGAUGCCAAAGAAGGGAAAGGUCAUACAAAUGAAAUGAGUGACUUGGUACAAUUGAUGACACAGACCCUGAAUUUGGACUCUAAAGAGAGCUAUGAAGAUCUCCCGGUACCAGAGCCAGUGUCAGAAUUUAAACUUCAUCGAAAGUAUCGGGACACACUGAUACUUCAUGGGAAAGUUGCAGAGGAGGCGGAGGAACUCCGUUUUAAAGAGCUACCUUCAGGUGCUAUCGUGCCAGGUUCUGAAAAACUCAGAAGAAUAGUUGAAGUCUUGAGAGCUGAUGUAAUUCGGGGCCUGGGGAUUCAGCUUUUAGAGCAGGUGUAUGAUAUUUUGGAAGAGGAGGAUGAACUGGAAAGAGAGGUACGUUUGCGGGAGCACAUGGGUGAAAAGUAUGUGACUUACAAUGUGAAAGCUCACCAGUUAAAAUUUUUUGAAGAUAAUGUAAAAUUUUGAGAAUUUACCUAAUCUGCUGCCAGAAUGAAACUAUUUUCAAACGUUUUUGGCUUAAACAAAAACAAACAAACCUAUAAUAAUGACUGGAGUCCAUUCACCAUCCUUAUAUUUUGUUGGGCCUUUUUUUACUAGAAAAAAAUUGGACAGAGUAAUAUGAAGCAAGCUUAUUACAAAAGAAAAAAACCUAUGGCUAUCUUAUUCUUUAAUGAGGGAAAAUCUGUUGUACGACGUUUAUUUGGUUACUGUUUACUGAGCCUUAAACCAGCUUGAUAUCUAGAACUAUUUUUUUUAAGGUACUUAUUAGCUUGAAUACAGGGAUAUAACAUACUGGAUUGGAAGUUUUAUAUUAUACUAGAGUGACGAAAGCAAUAGGAGAAAUAAAUGACAUAUAUCCAGUGACACUACUUUUUACUGUUAAUAACCUUAAGUAGAAGUUGAUAAAUUAUUUUUUUUAUAAUUCUGGGAGUAGAUUUAAAGAUAUGGCAUUAUAUAUAGUACUUGAGCAUUGAAUUCCUUUUUUUGCAUAUUGAUGGAUGUUUAACAUUUUAUUUCCAUUUAAUAUGGACCUCAUUCAGGGCAUACAAGAAAUGAAACUAGGAGUUAUUUUGGGCUAGUAAAUCAAUAUGUUUUUACAUACUGGAUUUUUUUUUUCUUUUUAAGAUUUAUUUUUCCAUCAGCGAAAACAUUCCUUAAACGCUAAUUCCUUUUCUAAUUCAGCAGGUUUUAAGUAAAGUCCAGAUCCUUUUAGUUAUGUUGGACAUAUUUAUCUCCUGAAAUUUGUCUUCUUAUACAUCAAGAUAUUGUCUUCCCAUGUUUUAAAUGUAGAAUUGUAUAUCACAUAUUUUAUUAGUUGUUUAAUAAGGGGCAAUACCAUCUAGCAAAUAGUUUUUAAAAAAUAAAAGUUUUGAUUAGUAAAUUUUAACUUCUGCAUUUGAGGGACUCUAAACAUGAAUAUGACUCCAGAAAUAUUUUCAUUUUUUACAGUUAAAAAUAUGUCUUACCUUUUAUGAAAAUUAUACACACACAUAAAAUAAUAAAAUGUUCCCUUUCUAGUCCACAUAAAAGACUUUUAUUUAGUUUUUACUAUGUGCCAGGUGCUAGGCCCGGGUUCAUGGCCUAAUUUCUGAAAUUUCUUUAUUUUGAAGGGUUUUUAACAAUUUAACUCUAAAAACAUCUAGUCCUAGUGCUCAGCUGAGGACAAAUUUUUGGCAAACCAUUGGUCUUCCUGAGCUAUUUACCAUUUCUUGCAUGUUUUAUAAAUCCACAUCUUUCUGCAAAGUCAUCAGUUCUACUAAAGUUUUCUAACUUAUUGGUAUAAAGUUAUACAUAUUAUUUUCUUAGAAUAAAAAAAACUCCAUACCUUUUUUAUUAACA